GACGCCCGCGGUCGUUGGAAAAAAUACAUUGUAGCGAUUGAUGCUACGCACUUUAAAGAUGCCUCAGCACAAUUUCAAGACACCUAUCUUUGCCGCGAAUUAAAUAAGGCUUUCAUCGGAUUCACUGACAUGGCGGCUCCUUACGAACCCCUACCGAGCACCGUUGUCAGUGGCAACUGGGGCUGUGGUGUUUUCAAGGGCAACAAAGCCCUCAAAGCGUUACUGCAACUCAUGGCUUGUGCUCAAGCUGGGAAAGCUCUUGCAUAUUCGACCUUUCAGGAUGAAUUCUUGGAAAAGGAACUUCAGCGAACCUACAACAAGCUCGUAGCCUCAGAGUGUACCGUUGGUAAGCGCGUUAUAUACUGA